CGGCGCAGAAGACGAGCUCUAGCUGCUGAUGCCUUUUAUUUAUAAACAAAAAGAUGGCCGAAACACAUCAGGAGAUUCCGAUUGACCGCAAACUUUCCGAGAUUUUCCAGGAGGCGUACGACCUGAUGGGCACGCUUGACACCUGUUACGAUCCGACCAACAGCCCGGAAGUACAGGCCAAGAUCAAAAAGUGCAUCGGACUGUUUGAGGAUUCUACCCGACUGGUCAGCCUAUGCGGAUUGUUCAGCAAGAAUGAAACGCACGACGAGGUGGCCACAGAUAAUCUGCGCUACUUCUUGUUACCGUUCUUUUUGGCUCAGCUGACGCUGAAGCUGUGCAAUGCCGAGCGGAAGGAGAUCGUCGAGGUGGCGGAAGUUUACUACAAUGAUUUCCUGCGACGCUGUGAGGAUUACAAGCUGUGCGAUAAGCCGGAAGCGGUGCUCGUUGAAGAACAUCACGGUGCACAUGAGGGCGAUAAGUUCCAGGAAUUGACACGGAUGGCCCAGGAGCGGAAUGCAAAGUUGAAAAAGUACCAGGAGAAGAAGGAGCUGGAUGAGCAGAUCAAGAAGCUGAAAAUUGCAAUGGAGAAAGAGCACGUGGAUGAGGAGGUGAAGAGAGAGUUCUACAUGAAGCUGUUGAACUCAUGCAUUAUGGAGGCGCACGAGGAACUGGUCAGUAUUAGUCAGGAGAAACAGAUUCUGGAGCACAUUGCCGUUAUGCGGAGGAACAGCGGAGGAGAGGAGGGUAAAAUGCAUCCGCCGAAGGGACCGGCACCGAGACCGCUGAAGCCGAUCAUUAUAACGAAGGAUGCUGUUCAGAAGGCGGUCUUCGGGCUGGGCUAUCCGAGCUUUCCGACCAUGACGGUGGCGGAGUUCUACGAACAACGUGUGGCCGAAGGCAUUUUCCCGGACGCCGAACGCAUGAAGGAGAUCAACAAGAACAGUCUGAUGAAUCGCGUCUAUCAGGACAAUGAAGCAGAGCAGGAUAAGGAGGAUGAAAAGAAUGAAAUGUUGGUCGAGCAGGACGACGAGGAAUAUCUGGCCCGUCAGCGCGCAAAGGAUGAGUUCAAGGAUGAUCACCGUCGUGGUUACGGAAAUCGUUACAAUCGAAGCUAAAUUUUUAAUUCAAAAGAGUUUAUACGCUAUCAUACAAAAGAAACAUCAUGUGUGACAAAAUAAGUGUCGUACCUACACAUGAAAUUAUCGAUGCAAGCACGAACUGAUUUAUAGAGUUUUUUCUGUGUCCUUGUUAGCAAUAAUCCUAUAAUAAAACUGAGUGUUCUCCGUA